CUCCCUUAGCAACAUUAAUGACCCUAGCAACUGUAUAUACCGUAUGUAAUCUAUCAGAGUAAUAUUGAAAUUAAUAAAUCGAAUAAUUAGGAUCCAUGGAUUCUGGUUUCAUAGAUGCUCUGAGCCAAAAGAGAGAGAAAGUCGAGGACCUAUUUGAAUAUGAAGGGAAGAAGAUAGGGAGAGGAACCUAUGGCCACGUUUAUAAAGCCAAGAAACGGAGCGGGGAUGAUCCAAAGGAGUACGCAUUGAAGCAGAUAGAAGGGACAGGAAUAUCAAUGUCAGCUUGCAGAGAAAUUGCUUUGUUGAGAGAGCUAAAGCACUCCAAUGUCAUCAGUCUCCAGAGAGUGUUCCUUUCACAUGCUGACAGGAAGGUCUGGCUACUCUUUGACUAUGCUGAGCAUGAUCUUUGGCACAUUAUUAAGUAUCAUAGAGCAGUUAAAGGUGGUAAGAAGCCUCAGGUCCAGGUGCCUAAGACAAUGGUCAAGUCGCUUAUGUACCAGAUACUGAGUGGCAUCCAUUAUCUCCACAGUAACUGGGUCCUCCACAGAGAUCUGAAACCAGCCAACAUUCUUGUUAUGGGAGAUGGCCCUGAAAGAGGAAGAGUCAAAAUUGCUGAUAUGGGGUUUGCUAGGCUAUUCAAUGCUCCCCUGAAACCGUUAGCUGAUCUUGAUCCAGUUGUGGUCACAUUCUGGUAUAGAGCACCAGAGCUGUUACUGGGAGCCAAACACUACACAAAAGCAAUUGAUAUUUGGGCUAUCGGGUGCAUAUUUGCCGAACUCUUGACUUUUGAGCCGAUAUUUCAUUGUCGCCAGGAAGACGUCGAGGCCAGCAGCCCUUACCACAGAGAACAGCUGGAAAGGAUAUUUCUAGUAAUGGGAUUUCCACAUGAUAGAGAUUGGGAUGAUAUGAAGCACAUGCCUGAAUACUCAACGUUGAUGAGAGACUUUGGACGACAGAAAGCAAAUUUUGCAAAUUGUGCCUUACAGAAGUACAUGGAUAAGCACAAUGUGAAGCAUGAUACUAGUGCAUUUAAACUGCUAACAAAGUUUCUUGUAAUGGAUCCAAACAAGAGGAUCACCUCAGACCAAGCAAUGCUUGAUACUUACUUCACUGAGGAGCCAUCACACACAUCAGAUGUGUUCUCGUCAAUGCAAAUCCCUUACCCGAAAAGAAAGUUCAUUUUUGAUGGCGAACCUUCUAAAGAAGAAAAGCCUGAUCCUCACAAAGUAAUGAGUCAAUCUUUUUUGUUGCUUGUACUUUUAAUGAAUUUAUAAUCAAAUACCAGUUAGCUAUCACAGCCUACAUGUAUAUUAGUUGAGAAUUCAAAGCAG